CGCCUGCCCGUGCUGCGCCCGCGCCGCCGCUCCAGCUGCGUGGCCUUGGGCGAGACCGCGGCGCGCUGCAAGAUGUCCCGCCGGCCCUCGCUGCCUUGCAUCUCCCGGGAGCAGAUGAUUCUCUGGGACUGGGAUUUGAAGCAAUGGUGUAAACCACAUUAUCAGAAUGUCAGCAGUGGAAAUGGUGUUGAUCUUUCAGUACUUAAUGAAGCUCGGAACAUGGUGUCAGACCUUCUGAUUGAUCCAUCUCUUCCCCCACAAGUGACUUCUUCUCUUCGAAGCAUUAGUAGUUUGAUGGGUGCUUUCUCAGGCUCCUGCAGGCCAAAAACUAAUCCUUUUGCACCAUUUCCUGGCUUUUACCCCUGCUCUGAAAUGGAGGAUGCAGCUGAAAAAGGAGAUCGAAAAUUACAUAAGGGUCUAAAUAGCAGAAAUAGCUUGCCAACAUCUCAGUUGAGACGAAGUUCAGGAACUUGUACCCUUCCACCUAUAGAACAGUUGUCUUCUAGGUGGGAACGCAGUAACACCAAGAGACUUCACCAGGAACAUAAUACUUCAAGCCAAGGAUCCCAUUGUAACGGGCCUUUCAGUACAAACCUACUGAUAAUACCAAAACAAAGGUCAUCCUCAGUGACAUUAGCGCAUCAUAUAAGCCCUAGACGAACAGGUACUUCCUGUAGCCUAAGUCCUCUGAGUUCACCUGGUCAUGGUUCUAUCUUCAGUGGGUCACUUGUCAAUCGGUCACCUGUAGAAUUUCCUGAUACUACUGAUUUUCUUACUAAGCCGAGUGUUAAUUUACAUAAACCUCUGGGAUAUACAUUUAGUUCUCCAGAUGUUCAACAGCAUGUCAGGAUUUCUACCAGCUAUUCAUGUAGCAGCUGUGGACGUCAGAUACUCAAGCCUUUUUUAACAUCAGAAUCAGAAUUUGGUGCAGAAUAUCAAGGGAGAAAAUCAGGUGAAGAUGGAAGUAUUGACAUUUCAAAAGAGACAUUCCAUCAUACAGAGAAACAACAAAAUGAAAAAAAUGAACACAGAGAUUGUAGGAAAAUAUUAACAGAAAGUGCCAAUCAGCAGAUGGAUCAAAUGCAGAAUAAUCAGUCUGAUAUGGAGUAUGAUCCUUCAUUAGAAGUGAUGUUAAUAGAUCAUGACUCACUAAUGGAGAAGAUGAACAAUUGGAAUUUCCAAAUUUUUGAUCUUGUGCAAGAAAUGGGAGACAAGUCCAGAAGGAUCCUCAGUCAGGUAAUAUACACUUUGUUUCAAGACACUGGUUUAUUUGAAAUUUUCAAAAUUCCAACUCAAGAAUUCAUGAACUACUUUCGUGCACUAGAAAAUGGCUACAGAGAUAUUCCCUAUCAUAAUCGUAUACAUGCUACAGAUGUUCUUCAUGCGGUAUGGUAUCUCACAACACGUCCCAUUCCUGGGUUUCAACAAGUUCACAGUGAACAUAUAAGGGAAAGUGAUGUGGAUGCAGAUAGUGGGAUGACCCCUGGGCGAGUCACCUAUAUUUCCUCAAAAAGCUGCCCAGUUUUUGAUGACCGCUAUGCAUGUAUGGCAUCAAAUAUUCCCGCCUUGGAGUUGAUGGCUUUGUAUGUAGCAGCUGCCAUGCAUGAUUAUGAUCACCCAGGUCGGACAAAUGCUUUUCUAGUGGCUACAAAUGCACCUCAGGCUGUGCUCUACAAUGACAGAUCAGUCCUAGAAAAUCAUCAUGCUGCCGCUGCUUGGAGUCUCUUCUUAUCUCAACCAGAGUAUAAUUUCUUAUCUAAUCUUGAUCACGUGGAAUUCAAACGGUUUCGUUUUUUAGUGAUUGAAGCAGUCCUUGCCACAGAUCUCAAGAAGCAUUUUGAUUUUCUUGCUGAAUUUAAUGCCAAGGCCAGUGAUAUAAACAGCCCUGGUAUAGAAUGGAGCAAUGAGAACGAUCGCUUGCUGGUGUGUCAAAUAUGCAUCAAACUUGCAGAUAUUAAUGGCCCAGCCAAAAGUAGAGAUCUCCAUCUGAAAUGGACUGAAGGCAUUGUUAAUGAAUUCUAUGAGCAGGGUGAUGAAGAAGCAAGCCUCGGAUUGCCUAUUAGCCCCUUCAUGGACCGUUCUUCUCCUCAACUUGCAAAAUUACAGGAAUCAUUUAUUACUCAUAUUGUUGGCCCCCUUUGUAAUUCAUAUGAUGCAGCUGGCUUGCUUCCAGGCCAGUGGGUGGAUGAGGAAGAUGAUACUGAAAGUGCUGAAGAUGAUGAUGGAGCACAAAUGGAGAGUGAAGAUGAAGAAAUGGAAGAUGAUCUUAGUUCAAAACUACAAAGGAAAAAAGGCAGACGGCGAAUAUUUUGUCAGCUAAUGCACCAUCUUAGUGAAAAUCACAAGAUAUGGAAGAAGGCAAUUGAAGAAGAAGAAAAAAGUAAAUCUGAAGUGAGUAAACCUCAGACAGAGAAUACAUCGUUACCUCAGACGGAUAACAUUCAGGUUAUUGAGGAAGCAGAUGAAGAAGAUGAACGACAGCUAGAAGAGAAAACUUGUUGAGAUGGCUUCUGAUGGUAUGCAGUACAGUGUCAGAAACCAGAUUUUCAUUUUUCACUGUGCUGACUUCAGACUGAUGCAGUUCACAAAGUUGAAAGGCCUUAAUACUGUGAGAGGAUUCUUGCUGUUCUAGCAGAACCCCACUCCUAUGCACUUUCACCACAUGGAAUAUAGAAAACAUUAUUCAAAGACUGAAUGUUGUAUACCAUGAUGCAAAGUUUUUCGUGCCCUAGUUGGUGUAAAAAUACCUUGAUAUGAUGCUGCCUUGCUGAAUAUAGUGCUCUUAUUUUCCAUGAGGUACCUACAAUUUUGAAAAUUCAGUGACUUCACUCACCAAAGCAGCCAGAAUUUUUUCUUAACACAGAAAUAUUGGGUGGAUCCUAAAAAUAUUUUGAGAUUUGGAUUUCAUAUAGUUUUUGGAUGCAAAUGUGACAGAAGUGUCUGCCUGUCUGGACACCAUAUUAAUGUUGCAGUGCAAACCUAUUUUGGGGUGUCUAAAUAGUGUUUGCUUAAUGUAGUUAUCUCAGAUUGGUUUCACCAUUCAGUGACUUUAACACAGAAACUAAAUUUUCAUUUUUUUUUUUUGUGGUUAAAUAAUCCCAGGUGCAUCUUUCUGAUGCUUUUUUUAAACUCUUAUGCAUAAUCUGCCUUUUUAUUUUUGCUAAAAAUAUUCAGGUUUGCAGUGGGUAUUCACAACAUUUUGUUGAUUACAAGGGCAUUAUCAUCUAUUGCCUUAUUGUUCUGUGGUAGAACAUAAAGACCUGUUCAAUUAUUUUAAUUUUGAAAGGAUUUUAUUCUUCUAGUCAAUGAUGCUAUAUUUUUCCACUCUUACUCAGGAUUCAUGUUUAAAAACAUGUCAGACUUACCACAGCAGAUUUUAUAUAAUUUAAAAGCCUGCACCAAUGUUAGAUGUUAAUUUUUUUGGAGAAGUAAGAUCAUAAUUCAUUUAUUCUUUGUAUGUAAAACUUCCGGGUAAUUAAAGUUUUUUUUAAAAAAGUUUC